AUGUCAUUUGCAAACUUCCCUUUACUGUGGCUCUUCGGGGCUCGCAAUAAUAUUCUCAUCUGGGCGACAAAUUGGAGUUUUGCCACAUUCAACAUCUUCCAUCGUCAUGUCGCCCGUGUAGCCACUUUGCAGGCAGUGGCACAUACCGUUUUAUACAUUGUCAUAUAUGCCCGAACCGGGAAGUGGUGGAAGUUCCUAAAUAAGGCGUACAUCCUUUGGGGCAUUGUGGGAACGGUAGUCAUGGUCCUGCUGCUGGUCAGCUCUCUGGACCGAAUCCGUAUCGUUUCUUACGAAUUCUUUCUCAUCACACACAUUGCCUUUUCUGGGAAUGAAUAUUGGCAGUAUCUAUGGCCGUCUGUGGCCGUGUGGAUAUUCGAUCGACUUUUGCGACUAGUCCGCCUUGUGUAUUGCAACCUCCACGUCGAAAUGUUUGCGCGGACUCGGAUGGUCUCUUCAACCAGUUGGAUGACCUACGACGAAGUCGCUGACGUGAUUAGAUUGGAGAUUUCGCUGAGGAGACAGCGAUUCCGGCUUAAACCCGGUGAUUAUUUCUUCCUUUAUCAACCUUUUCGGUGGACUGGAUGGGAGAGUCACCCUUUCACUGUCGGUGCGUGGACGCAGGACGGAAAUCCAGCUCCGAAUCCCUCUAUUUCCCGGGCAUCAGAGUAUUCAGCGGACACAUCCCACCUGCCUCUUCUAGCCGAUACAGCACCAGAAAACAAUAACCUAGAUGCGUCAGAUGGGGAGUCCAAAGGGGGUUCUGAAUACUCGGGAUCAAUAAUGACUUUCUGGAUUCGUCCGUACGACGGCUGGACCCAGAAAUUGCGCCAGCAAUGCCUCAAAGCCAAGUCCCAGCCCAUAAACAGCACUAUCCUUAUUGAAGGGCCGUAUGGACACCAAGUCCCCGUCUGGGAAUACGAUUCCAUGCUGAUGAUUGUUGGUGGGACCGGCAUAGCUUCCGCGGUUCCAUAUCUUCACGAUCACAUCCGACGGUCGGCAGGUGACCGCAACGCACCUCAACGCAGGACCCGUAUCCAAGACAUUGAAUUGGUUUGGACGACAAAGCAGGCUGCAUUCGUUGGUGAUAUCGCCCACCAAGAAUUGAAGCCUCUCCUUGCGCGAUCUGACUUCAAGGCUUCUUUCUACUCCACAAUGAGGCAUGCUCAUUCGUCGCGGGCCAACGAGCUGGAUGAUCUAGGGUAUAGUAUCAUCUCAGGCCGCCCAUAUUUGCAACCGCUCAUCAUGAGCCGUGCAUGUGACGCCUCGUCCGCGGGGAUUUCGUUACUAAUCUUUGUCUGUGGCCCGGUAAGUAUGGCCAAUGAAGCUCGCAGGGCCACUCAACUUGCCAUGCAGCAUGGACAUCGCGGAAUUAAAUACGCAGAGGACUCUUUUAAUUGGUAG